AUGGACACGCCUCCAUCAAGUAAGCCCUACCGUCUCCCCCUCCCCGCACUCUCCGGCGCGGCCAAGCUGACCAUCAUUGGCAAAUGUAUGGCCACCAGGUGCAUCAUCAGCGGGGAAGGCGCCUUCCCCAUAUUCACCUCCCCCUCGUCCAACCCCCCUGGGGGGUUGUUGACUCUGUUCAACCUUAACUUCCAGCGGGCGGCAGGAGGCGUCUUUUUCAACGUGCAGACAGCGAUCAACGCGAGCAAAUGCGGAUUCGUCAUGAACAUGGCUCCUAGCGGAGGGGUGCUCAGCAGCACACCUCAUUCAAUUAACACGCUCUCCUCUACCCCCUACCCACCCUAUCCCACCAGAGACUCCUUCCCUGCAACAGCCACCCCUCCCAACCGCCUCUUCUCAGGCUGCACCUUCCGCAACAACACGGCGUCAACCGGAAGGGGUGGCGCAAUCAGCAUCAACGCAGAGAACCCCAAGGGAAGCGUGCCUGCUCUGUUGAUUGAGGGCUGCACCUUCCAGGGAAACAGAGCACUCAACGGCCGCGGAGGAGCGAUUUCAGUGUCGGGGACUGGCAGCAUUCGUAUCAAGGGGUGUCGGUUUGAAAAUAACAACGCUGGUGGAUGUGUGCCCGUUUGUGAGGAGGUUUGCCCGUUUGUGAGGAGGUGUGCCCGAGGUGUGCCCGUCUGUGAGGAGGUGUGCCCGUCUGUGAGGAGGUGUGCCCGUCUGUGUGGAGGUGUGCCCGUCUGUGUGGAGGUGUGCCCGUCUGUGAGGAGGUGUGCCCGUCUGUGUGGAGGUGUGCCCGUCUGUGAGGAGGUGUGCCCGUCUGUGUGGAGGUGUGCCCGUCUGUGUGGAGGUGUGCCCGUCUGUGUGGAGGUGUGCCCGUCUGUGUGGAGGUGUGCCCGUCUGUGUGGAGGUGUGCCCGUCUGUGUGCCCGUCUGUGAGGAGGUGUGCCCGUCUGUGAGGAGGUGUGCCCGUCUGUGUGGAGGUGUGCCCGUCUGUGUGGAGGUGUGCCCGUCUGUGAGGAGGUGUGCCCGUCUGUGUGGAGGUGUGCCCGUCUGUGAGGAGGUGUGCCCGUCUGUGUGGAGGUGUGCCCGUCUGUGUGGAGGUGUGCCCGUCUGUGUGGAGGUGUGCCCGUCUGUGUGGAGGUGUGCCCGUCUGUGUGGAGGUGUGCCCGUCUGUGUGGAGGUGUGCCCGUCUGUGAGGAGGUGUGCCCGUCUGUGUGGAGGUGUGCCCGUCUGUGAGGAGGUGUGCCCGUCUGUGUGGAGGUGUGCCCGUCUGUGUGGAGGUGUGCCCGUCUGUGUGGAGGUGUGCCCGUCUGUGUGGAGGUGUGCCCGUCUGUGUGGAGGUGUGCCCGUCUGUGUGGAGGUGUGCCCGUCUGUGUGGAGGUGUGCCCGUCUGUGUGGAGGUGUGCCCGUCUGUGUGGAGGUGUGCCCGUCUGUGUGGAGGUGUGCCCGUCUGUGUGGAGGUGUGCCCGUUUGUGUGGAGGUGCAUCUGGGGGAGGCAUACACUCGGACGGAGUCUCCCUCUCUCUCAUUGGUGUCCACUUCAAGAACAACAGUGCGCACAACCCAUCCCGUGGCACCUGUGGCUCUGGCGGCGCUAUGCACGCCAUCUCAGGACGCCCCAGCCAAGUGUCUCCAACGGAGCGUAUCGAGACCGCAGGGUGGUCGGAAGCGCGCAAGUGCACAGCCAGGUGAGGGAGAAGGCAGGUUGGCUACAUGGGGAAGAGUGGGUGAGGAAUGGGUUGGGAGCGAUUGCAGUGGGAGCGGUGGGAGUAGGGCAGCUGGGUCGGUGGUAUCCCAAGAGUGGGUGGCGGGUGGGGAGCCGGUGCAAACUCAGGUGAGAGGAGAGUACAGAUGGGUAAAGAGUGUUGAAAGGUUCAAGGGUGAGGAUCUGGGGCGGGAGUGCUGUGACGCAGUGGGAACAGGGCGACUGGGUGGUGGUGCCUAA